UUCCUCUCAGUAGUAGCGGCGGCGGCGGCGGCCCCGCACGGAGAGGGACUAGACCGGGCGGAAGAAGUCGAUCCCAAGGCAGUUCCGGUUCCGGUGUCAGCUCGAGGCGCCACCGCCGCUGCAGCUGCCGGAUCCGAGAUGCCUAAAGGAGGUAGGAAGGGAGGCCACAAAGGCCGGGUGAGGCAGUACACAAGCCCCGAGGAGAUCGAUGCUCAGCUGCAGGCCGAGAAGCAGAAGGCCAACGAAGAAGAUGAACAAGAAGAAGGUGGAGAUGGGGCUUCAGGUGACCCCAAAAAGGAGAAGAAGUCUCUAGAUUCAGAUGAGAGUGAUGAUGAAGAUGAAGACUACCAGCAAAAGCGGAAAGGGGUAGAAGGGCUCAUUGACAUUGAGAACCCCAACCGGGUGGCACAGACAACCAAGAAGGUCACACAACUGGAUCUGGAUGGGCCAAAGGAACUCUCAAGGAGAGAACGAGAAGAAAUAGAGAAACAGAAAGCAAAAGAGCGCUACAUGAAAAUGCAUUUGGCUGGGAAGACAGAGCAGGCCAAGGCUGAUCUUGCCCGGCUGGCAAUCAUCCGGAAACAGCGGGAGGAGGCAGCAAGAAAGAAAGAAGAAGAGAGGAAAGCAAAAGAUGACGCAACUUUGUCAGGAAAACGAUUGCAGUCGCUCUCCCUGAAUAAGUAAGCUGGCCUGUGGGAGGAGAUGCUGGGGAACUGAACCGUGCCGCCAGGACCUCUGCCGUGUCUCACCCACCCUGUGCCCUGGCGCCGCUGCAGCAGCCCCUUAUGGCCGGGAGCCCCUAUUGCCUGGGGCCUCCUCUUCAUCUUGGCACAGAAAUCGUUCAGGGGAUGUGGGGGGGCUGGGGGGAGGGACAGCUGCUAUCUUUGAGACAGAAAGAUGCAGGACAGCAUUUCAUACGUAACCAUUUGAAUGUUUUUGCUGUUUUUAGAAUUUGGAACCCUGGUUGGGGUGGGGGGGAGCCUGGGAAGUGGGAGAUUCCAUUAUCCAGUAGAUUGCACGUUAGUGGGGAGCCAGGUAGUGUGAGCAGGCAGCUGCUGUGGGGGUGGAUGACAACCAGCCCAGAUUGUUGUCUGGGGCUCACUCAGAGAGGCCAUCCGGGAGUCUGUGCCACUAAGGGUCCAGGGUUUGUGCCUGGCCAGUUCCGUCUGAUGAGGGCUUUCCUCUCUGACCUUCUCUGCCCUUUUCCCACCCACCUGGUCAGGGCUAGUGCCCAUUUUUAACCCUACCCAUUGGUCAUUUCAAGAAACCUCUGGUUACUCUGCAUUACCCAGACAAGAUAUGCUCCUCAAAUCCAACUUGUAUAUUUGGCAGAUUAAACAACAUUAUCGUA